AUGUCUGGAGCAGCAUCAAGAGUACCUAAUAUUGUCAACUACAUCAAGAAUUGCCCUGGCUUUGAAUCAAUACUCAAAAAUAUUAAAAUUAUAUCUGCUGGCAAUGGGGCAUGUGUUGCUGAAUACAAAGUGGAGCAAAGUGCCACCAAUAUUGUAGGUGCAUUACAUGGAGGCUUCACUGCAACUUUGGUUGAUGCUGUCUCGGGCUAUGCCCUACACAGUGAUGAGGACAAAAUUACCCCAAGUGUAUCUGUGGAUAUGCACAUGACAUACAUGAAAGCAGCAAAACUUGGUGAAGAAAUUGUGAUUGAUGCAAAAACAAUGAAAGCUGGUAAAAACCUGGCAUAUCUUAAGGUAGAGAUUAAAAAUAAAGAGACUGGAGAUCUGCUAGUCCAAGGAUUGCAUACAAAGUUUAUUUUAUCUGGGAAAAAGUAA